GAAACACCUGACCUCAGUACGCACACGCGCGUCGACAAAAACCUGCAGCAGAAAUGGCACUGAUCCGUCCCUGGUAGCAGGGAUCUCACAGACGAGAUAUCUGUGAACACUCCCAGUGUAUAAAUGCGAUGCUGCCGUGGUCCCUCAAGGUGCUGGUGUUGAUGCCUCUUCAACUCUUCCUCCGUUCCUUUCACCAUCCUCCACUUUCUAUCUUCCAUUUCCAGGAAGUGUCAAGAUGCUACAUGCAAUAAAAAGAGCACACAGUUGUGGUUCGCCGGCGUGGAUGAGAUCCAGUCAGCAUUUCCUCCUGGCUCUGGGCUGUUUGUUUUGCCUCUGCCCUCCUGCUGGAGUGGUAGCGGGUAUGUGCAGAGUGUCCGGUGGCGUGUUGGGAAUCCCUUGCAGCAGUGUGAUUGGGCUAGGUUGGCAGCCGCUGGCUGUGGACGAAAGUGGCACUCAGUGUUGGGAAUCAUGUUGCCUGGAGCCCUCCUGCAGCGCGGUGUGGAGCCUUGGUGGCUACUGUGUUCUGCUGAAGUGUGUCCGGCCCAACGGCUGUGAAAUCUCCUCGCUGCCGGUGACUCACAUCAAUUCUCUGGGCAUCCUCCAGCUGCUUGACAAGAGCAAAUCAAAGAAAGGAAGAAUCCCACGGCACGCAUGGGCUUCUGAUUUUAAUGGAGGCCCUGGGCACAAACGCAGCAAUCAUGAUGAAUUCGGAUCUCAGCCCUUCAGCACAACACCAGCAAGUACAGUAAGUGGAACCGCAUUCUCAGAAUCGGCCAAUAAAGCGAUGAAUGGGCCUGUCAACGGCAGCAGAGAGGAGGCAGCUUCAGCAACUUGGCAGAAUUCAACGGUGCCAGAAGACAAUAUGGAUCAUUCAUCUUCCAAUAGCAGUUUUGGGUCACCAACAAGUGGACCUUAUUCUUCCACCCCAGCAGGAACUCCACCUGUGAAGGAGCUGGUAGUAUCUGCUGGCAACAACGUGGAGGUCACUCUACCAUGCAAUGAAGUGCAGCUGAAUGCGUUUGUAGUGCCAGAUCCCCCUAAAGGGACUAACUAUGACUUUGCCUGGCGUUUGAUAACACACCCUAAAGACUACGGUGGAGAAAUGGAAGGGAAACAUAGUGGCACACUUAAACUGAGCGAGUUGACUGUGGGUCUGUAUGAGUUUGAGGUGAUUGUGGAUGGUGAUGGUGCACAUGGUGAAGGCUAUGUCAAUGUAACAGUUAAACCAGAGCCAAGAGUCAAUAAACCACCAGUUGCUGUAGUUUCACCAAAGUACCAGGAGAUCUCUUUACCCACAAGCUCCACUGUGAUCGAUGGCAGUCAGAGCACUGAUGAUGAUAAGAUAGUGGCGUGGCACUGGGAAGAGGUGAAAGGGCCGCUCCGAGAGGAGAAAGCCUCAGCAGAUACGGCCAUUCUCACACUCACAAACCUUGUCCCUGGAAACUACACCUUCAGCCUCACAGUGACUGACUCGGAUGGUGCCCAAAGCUCAACCCAAGCUAUGCUUUUAGUCAACAAGGCAAUGGACUACCGGCCUGUAGCCAACGCCGGACCCAACCAAGUCAUCACCCUCCCACGCAACUCUAUAACACUCUACGGCAACCAGAGCACAGACGACCAUGAGCCUCUGGCUUACGAAUGGUCCCUUAGCCCAGAGAGCAAGGGCAAGGUGGUGGAGAUGCAGGGAGUCCGGACACCUAUUCUACAGCUAUCAGCCAUGCAGGAGGGAGAUUACACCUUUCAGCUGACUGUGACCGAUUCGUCUGGACAGCAGGACACAGCACAGGUCACAGUCAUCGUGCAGCCAGAGAAUAACAAGCCACCAGUAGCAGAUGCAGGGCCAGACAAGGAGCUGACGCUUCCUACCGAUCGAACCACACUCGACGGCAGCAAGAGCAGUGAUGACCAGAAAAUUGUCAAGUAUCACUGGGAAAAAACAGAGGGUCCAGAAGGUGUGAAAAUGGAGAAUGCAGAGAGCCAGGUUGCCACGGUAACAGGGCUUCAGGUGGGAACAUACACUUUCAAGCUGACUGUGACUGAUGAACGGGAUCUGCAAAGUUCAGACACGGUCACUGUGAUCGCUCGAGAAGAAUUUGACCAGCCACCCGUGGCCAAGGUGCAGUCCAGCCCCCGGGUCACUCUACCUGUCCGAACAGCAAUCUUGGAUGGUUCCCAGUCCUCUGAUGAUAAAGGAGUAAGCAGUUACUUCUGGAAACGGGAUGACAGCAGUCCUGCAGCUGGGGAUGUCCUGAAUAACUCUGACCACCAGGCAGUGCUGUUCCUUGGCAACUUGGUGGUAGGGAAGUACAGUUUUACUCUGACUGUAAUGGACAGUAAGGGCCAAACCAAAAGCGCCACAGGCAUAGUGGAGGUGUACCCAGAUGUCUGGAAACGAGACUUAGUGGAGCUGGUGCUGGAGGUCGCUGUGUCCCAGUUGUCUCAGAGGCAAAGGGACAUGCUGUUAAGACAGGUAGCUGUCCUGCUGGGUGUAAUGGACAGUGAUAUCAUCGUACGGGAGAUCAGCGCUUUCAGUGAGCACAGCACUCGUUUAGUGUUCCUGGUGUCUGGAGGAGCCGGGCGCCCACCACUGUCUGGUCACAGUGUUGCCACAGGACUCCGUAACAAACUUCGCAAGCAAAAAAAUGACUUCCUUAUCUUCAAGGCCUGGCAGGUAGACACAGUCGUUUGCCAGCUGAAUUGCUCCAGCCACGGAGAGUGUGAUUCAUUUACCCGUCGCUGUGUCUGCCACCCGUUCUGGAUGGAAAACUUCAUCAGAGUCCAGCUGGGCGACGGAGAAAGCAACUGUGAAUGGAGUGUGUUGUAUGUGACAAUAGCAUCAUUCAUGAUAGUGGUUGCCAUCGCGACCAUUGUAUGGGGCCUUGUCUGCUGCUGUAACAGACGCAAAGGAAAAGUCAGACGGAAAAGUCGAUACAAAAUGCUUGAGGGAGAAGACCAAGACAGUUUGGAACUGCACCCACCUAGAGCAGCCCGGCUGAAACCUGUACCUGCACCCUCUUCAUCUGCUCUCAUGCACUCCGAUUCGGAUUUGGACAGUGACGAUGGACAAGUAGGUGUCCCCUGGACUGAUCGGGAGCGUGGUCAUCUGCUGCGUCCUCAAAACGGCUCCUUGCGCAAUGGCCAAGGGCCCCACAGAACCAAAAAACAGAGGGAGGAGUUACUAUAGUGACGAUUAUUAUAGUGACUUUGCUAAAAAGGACCUCAAAUGCCACAACGAUACGUCACUUAAAAGUCUCGUCGCAGGGUGUAAGGAAGAGUGGACUAAGUAUAGUCUCUUCGACUGCCACCCCACCCUGAAUCUCUGCCCAAUCUGAGCCAGAAGACGGGUUGAUUCAGUAACUAGGGCAUUCACUCCUUUGCUGCUGACUCUAUCUUGUUAGAAAUUGUUGAAAUGUAGACCCGUUCACCCCCGGGGUCAAUAUAGAUGUAUUUUAGAAGGAGACAUUGCAUAUGGAAAAGGAUAAAGGCUGCUUAUAAAACUUGAAAACCAAGUAUCUCUCGAAGUAAAGGGAUUCCGUCCCAAUCCCGAGCCUGUCUGGUGGUUCUCUUCCCCCAUCAAGUUUUGACCAACCACUGACAUAACCCCUCUAAACACUACCUUAAACAUCACUUAACUAGACAGUGCUCCUUCACUUGUGGCAAUAGUGCAGACAAAGGACUCGUCCUCUGCGCUGCACCUGUCUUUGCCAAGUUGUAUGACUGCAUGUAUGGUUGUGUGCUGAAAGAUUAGUUUUACUGAAAAUACUGCAUGUAUUACAUCAGAUUGUCCGGCCUUUUUGCCACUGUGUGCGUCUGUCACUUAAAUCACCAGCAAAUGCAGAAAGGCUGCAAUCUGCUCAAGUUUGUAGCAUUUAAGAGAGCAUCAUAAUGAUAAACAAUAUUUAAGAAAAAAAAUACACUGGACCUCGCUUUUAGCUUCGUAUUUAAGCUCGUGCAAAAAUAAACGGUUAGGGUGGGGGGGGUGGGGGGGUGUUCGAGGGGCGAAGAAGCAGAGCUUGGCACUCACCUUAAAAUAUAGACCAUGUGAUCACAGAUGAACGACAGUUGUACGCCAUCUAAUUUUAAGUUUCUUUAAACCGAUCGUCCGAUUCUUGUGCAAUUAUACACAAUCUGCUUGGUAGUCUGCUUUCACUGGUUUCUUUCAUGAAGAUGUUAAUGCUCACUGAAUGUCUUUGAUAAAGGCUUGUGUUACUUUUUUCUGUGUUCGGCACACACGUUUUCGUGUUCUUAGUGGUGACCUAUAUUAACUGAACUACUUGAAUUCAGUGUCUACUUUGUAAACGCUGAAAGAACUGUGAUAUUUUAUCCAUGUACACUGAUUCUAUUGAUUCAUGUUCUUACAAAUGUAUGAAUGGGGUAAUUUAGACCCCAAUGAAAGCAGGGAGAAGAAAAACAGAGAUUUGCUUAAUUACCUAAAAUCAAUGUUUUAGUGAAGGAUUCCCUAUGUCAUGUGAUUUAAUAAGCUGAAACUGAAUUAUCUUAAUUAAAAAUACUGUAAUUUUACA